UCCUUUCUUCUGCACCUUUAUAAUAUCUCCAUUGGUCUUCCGUACCGAAAUUCUUUUCACUUAGUGUUCAGAACCUACGUAGAUUUCUUUUCUCCUCAAUCUCAAGCAAUGUGUCUCUAAAUGUUGGCGCAUGUGAAAAGAGACGGAGGAAGGACCCGCUUCACUUAAACGCAAAUCACUCCGAGAAGCUUCUUCGUUAUAGAAGACUUGUAUUGGGCUGUGUUGUCUAGAUACGUCAGGGUGUUGGAGUUGCGUGUAUCUAUAUUUUUUGUAACACUUAUUCUUUCACCAGGAGUGUUUUCCAAGGCCACAGAUAGUCAGGUUCUCAAGGAUGUUUUUCCCACCGAUGAUACAGAACCUUUGUUAAACUAUCACUACAAUCACGAAAUCACACUUGGAAACGUGAACAACUUCCUCUGCAGGUUGUUAAACGAUCACUAGAGUCAUUAAGUGUAACAGGAGUAGAAGAUAAAUCGUAAGUGGCGUAAUGGCCGCAAUAUUUACUAGUAUAAUCUUUCCCCACAUCAAAUAACUUCAUGGAUUCUUAUAAUGGAGUUAAGAACAAAAGCGGAGGAAUACAUGGGUAGCACUAGUUUGUCAGGCGGAAUCACAUACCCAUAUCCCUUCCCUCGAGCCCCUUUCCCCUUCACAGGUUCACUUUCCCUCAGUGACCUGUGGACUUUGGUGGUGGAAGGAAAUCUGGUGCUGGCAGUCACGUGGCUAUUGUACCCGCAUUGGAGAUGCAGGGAAGGGGCGGUGGAGGGCGCCCAGACACCCCUUGGCUCUGCAGCUGUUGGCGAGAGGGCGCGGUGAGGUGUUACUCAGGUGGUGAGAGUUACGAUGCUGAUGUGGCCAUGGAGAGGGAAGCAGUGCUAGGACACCAUGUUGGAUCACCCAGUGUUUGGUGGGUGUGGUGGAGUGCCUGGGUGCAGGUCACACCCUGCAGCUCAUGGGACACAACACAGGCUGCAGGAAGGCUGCAUCUCUCAGUGUGUUGGGUGUGUCCUUAUAGAGGCUUUAUGUACAGAGUUACCCUGAAGGAGCAGCAUUCCACCUCCGCCCACACUCACUGGCCCCCACAGGAACACAAGACUCCCAGACUCAGCCUUGUGCUGCUAAGACACACGGACAUACGAAGCCUGACACUGCUGCUGCUGCCAUCUCUGCUGCUGCUGCUGCCGCCGCUGCCUUGCUGGGAGCAGCCGUGCUAAAGUAAUCUA